GCUCAAUUUUGGGGAUUUCCAUGCGACAAACCGGAUACAAGUUAGGGAAGUUGCGUUUUGCUGCAUUCCUGUCUCUUAAUCAAGUAAAGAAUGUGUGGUAUAAAAAUAUGAAUGAAGACGAUGAAGAACUUUCGCUCAACGCAAAGUUUGAGCAGUUUCAAUUUGACAAUAAAGAUGAUGUGGUGAAGGACUCAGAUUUUGAAAACAGAAAUCCUUUCAGGAAAGACCCAGCUGAUCAGUUUCUGCAGAAGUUAAGAGGAAGUGAGCUUGAUCGUAAUUCAGUGUUUACCGAUUAUCUUGAUCCAAAGAUUUUGUUGUCCAAUGGUCCUAUUGAUCCAGCAUCGCAACAUGUUUCUGGUGCAACUGCUGUUAAAACAGAACUAGAGCAAGAUUUGAGAGGGGGUACAGAAUUUGCAACGGCGAUGGAGAAUAAGGCCAGUAAAGCAGAAAACACCAACGAUGGAGACGCUCAUAUGUUACACAAAGCUUCCUCCGUACCUCACCUACAUAGCCCAAACUCGAAGUUAUUAAAACCUAACCAAACAAGUUCACCGCGAAGAAAAAAAACGAGCGAAGCGAAUGGUAUACCGGAUCCUGUCAUGUUCAACGAUCUACUGCAUGAGAAUCAAAUGUUAAAAGAUAAAAUUGCGAAAGACGAAGAAGGAAGGAAAAAGAUCGUGAGUAUCAACCAUGCUUGGGACGCGCAGUACAAUUUAUUGACCCUGAAGUACACUGCGCUGGAGGGAGAAGCUGCACAAGCUCAAGAAGAGCUGAACGCUGUCAUCGUCAACAAAGACAAAGAGAUAGCAGCUAAAGACAAAAAAAUUGCUCGAUUAACCAAAAAAAUUGAAGUGUUUAUUAAUGGCUGUGAUGACAAGGAUGAUAAACCGUUAUGGGAGCAGGUUGACGAAAACGAAGGAAGUGCAUCCUCUGCGGUGGAGGACACGAAGAAAACGAAAGAAGUUCGGAAGGAUGAGUUUUCUGAAUCGUUGAUGUUAAUGGAGCAGAUUCUCGCGCAAGAGAAGGAGGACAAAAAGAUGGCUGUGCACCAAGCAAAGGACUUGAAGAGAAGAUGUCAGUAUCUAGAGAACGCGCUGCACCAACAAACAAAACAGUCGUUGUAUUUACAAACUGAAUUGCAGAGGUUGACAGGUGUCAUCGAGAAAUCGCAUGAAAACAAAAAGAAGCACAGCACCCACGAAUCAAGUCCUAGAAUUACGUCGACAAACAAUGAUUUUGAAGGAGAUGAAUUGAAAGAUGUGGAACUGCUGAAACAGCAGCUGCAAGUAUACGCUGAGGAUUUCAACGCAGAGAAAGAAGAUAAACAAAAGAUAAUCGAAGAAAAUGAAGAACUGAAGAAGAAGUUCACACAAUUUACGGAAGAAAAAGAAAAUCUCCUUAGACAGUUACAAAUUUACGAAGAAGAUUUUUAUAGGGAGAGAGAAAAAAGAAUCAAUUUAAUGAGACGAAAUGGAAAUUCGACGUCUAUACGUGAAGAGUAUCCUCCUCCUCGUCACCAAACUCCUCUUAGUCCGCAACCUGAAGAUGAUCCACAACAAAGAUGGAAAGAAUACUGUUGUUUGGUGGUCGAAAAAGAGCAGCUUUCUGACCGUAUCACUGAGUUAGAAGCACAAGGUGUCACUCGCUAUAACGGACGACAUCAGCCAGUUGCAUACCCUCAUUACCUUCCACGUGGCCGUGUCCAACCUUCCAACCAAUCUUCUGCUAGCUCCGAUAUAUCUCAUUUUUACACCGGUAGUGUUGUGCGAGAUGCACGAAGUGAAUGGUCGCCCUCCAUGUAUAACACCAGAGAAGAUUUAACUCCGUCCGAAUCGGGUUAUCGGAUGCCCAGUAAAAAAAAGCUUUACACGAAAUCUCGCUCUCCUCUGCCGUAGUGUUUAAAACCUUGAAAUAUAUUUUGUAAAAAGACACUGCGUUGAUAUUACUCACAGAAUGCACAUAUUGAACAUCGACUUUUGGAUGCAAAAGCAACACUGUCGAGAUUUUCAUCGUUGCGUUUUGUUGUUAAUAUGAUAGUUUUAGAAACAGGAUUAAUGGCUAACUACUACAUUGGUAUGCACAUUUGUAAAACUAAUCAAAAUUUCACCUGAUAAUGAAAAUAACAAGUCAAAAGAGAUAACGUCGUAAGGCACCAGUUGCUUCGAAAUCAAGAAAUACUUGUAUGUGACUGCCGAACUACUAACAAACAAAAAUCAAUAAAAACUUUGAAGUAAA